UGAGGAAGGCGUCUCUUUCCCCCUCAGCAGCAGCCACCGUCUGUCUCCGAUGCAAAGUUCCUCAAAUCCCCCAUUUCCUUUCUUAUAAUUCUCCUCCUCAAACGACAACGAUAAAAAAACACAAACAAAACAAACACCCGUUAACAGUAACAAAACGACCAUGAAUCUCUACGCCCACGACCUCUCUUCUCUCAUCGACUUCAACGAAUUCGCCUUCUCCGACUCCAUCGACGACUCGUUCUCUCACCGCCGUUCUUCUGCCUUUCUCAAUUCCCUACCCAACGAUGACUUUUACUACAACAAUCCUUCUCUUUACGGCUAUGGAAGAUAUCCCAGUCGCGGCGAGAGGCGCGUGCCGCCCAAUCGCGCCGCUCCUCCCAGCCACCACCGCCACGACGGCACCUCGCCGCUUCCCAUGGGCAUGGAUUGGAGUCCUCCUCCUCGUAAAUGGGAUGGAAGGGACUCGGUUUGGCCACAUGAUCCUCACACAGGAUGGAGCUACAGCGUCUUAAUUCCUUCUUGGACUUCCCAGCGUAAAUCAAAUGGUUCUGAUCCUGUAGUGUUUUAUAAGGUUCAAGUUGGUAUACAAACCCCAGAAGGGGUUACCACAGCUCGAGGGAUAUUACGAAGAUUUAAUGAUUUCUUGCAGCUUUUUUCUGAACUUAAAAAGGCAUUUCCCAUGAAAGAUCUGCCUCCAGCUCCUCCUAAGAAGCUUUUGAGAAUAAAAACAGAGGAAGUUUUGGAAAAGCGAAGGUGCUCUUUGGAGGAUUGGAUGCAAAAGCUAUUAUCGGACAUUGAUAUAUCAAGAAGUCUCCAAACAGCAAUGUUUCUCGAGCUUGAAGCUGCCGUGAGGUCUUCAUUUAACGAUGUUGCUCAGCAAAGUUCAGAUGUACUUUUCUCAACAAGCGAUGCGGUCCCAUCAUUUCCAUUACAAGAUAAUUCAGAUGCUUCAGUGGCUGCUUGUAACUCAUCUUUUGCAUCAGAUUGUGUUGAUGGGACUCCACAUGAGAUAUCUGAACUUGGAACAACAAAGCAUAGUAUUGGAAACUCUGCUGAUUUUGGCAAGGAAAAGUCAACAUCUGAACAAGAUUUAAUUGAUCCAUUGGAGACUACUGCUAAACCCCUUCGCCUCAAUGGAACAGAAUUCAUUCCAGAACGAGAGCAUGGCCAUGCUAGAAGACUCUCAGUAGAAAGUGCGGGAAGUGAUUUGAGUUCUGUUAGAGCUAGUGUGUUAUCCAACUUGAAUGGCGAGACUGACCUUCCUGGAGGUUCAGGAGCUUCAAGAGAUGCAGAUGCUUUUCUCGACCCUGAUUUUCAAUUUCAUAGGGAUUUAGUGGUUACUCUUCCAUCCGAUGAGAGACAUAAAUUGAACAGGGUCCUCAUGACAUUUAAGCAGAGACUAGUGACAGCAAAAACAGACACUGAAGAUCUUAUAGCCAGAUUGAAUCAAGAAGUUGCUGUGAGACAAUUUCUUACAACAAAGGUCAAAGAUUUGGAAGUGGAACUUGAAACUACUACGCAGAAUUGUAAAGAAAAUAUGGAGCAGGCUAUUUUAACCGAAACGGAAAGAUUUACCCAAAUGCAGUGGGAUAUUGAAGAACUUCGAAGGAAGUGCAUGGAGCUGGAAUUAAAAUUGAAGUCUGAAGAGGAAGAAAAAGUGCAUUCAGAGUCGACAAAGACAUCAAUCAUGCAUGAUAAUAAGAUGUUGUCACAGGAGUUGGAUGUUGCUAGAGGGCAGCUUGAUAAUUUGCAGAAACAUCAUGAAGAGUCUGAGUUGAAAUCAAAGACAGAGAUAAAGCUGCUUGUUAAGGAGGUCAAAUCUCUUAGAAAUUCUCAGUCAGAAAUGAAGCAGGAGCUUAGCCGACUGAUGAAAGAAAAAUUGGAAGUAGAGAGGGUUCUUCAAAAGGAAAAGCAAAGAGCAGAACGUGCAGAUACUGUUAAUGCGAAGUUACUGCAUGAAUGUGGAAUUCUUCGUAGUCGGCUUCAAGAAUGCAGUGUUAAUUUCCUUGUUGAGGAGGAAGAUAAAUUAAUUCUGGACACUUCAUCACUGUCUGAUGCCGUAGAUUUACUGACAACAUCUGACAAUCGAAUUGGUCUCCUACUUGCAGAGGCGCAGCUUCUUGCACAGGACAUAGCAAAUGCUGUUACAGUCGGUGACGAAUCCCGUUCCAAUCAUAUGAAUGGUGGUGAGAGUAGGAAAAGUGAUGAUGAGUUGAGGAAGAUGGUAUCGGAUAUACUUGUCGAUAAUGCUACAUUGAGGAAGCAGAUAAAUUCAGUUAUCCGUUGUUCGCUGAAAACAAGUGCCAAAACUGGAGUAGAAGACGACGAGGAUGAAGAGGACACAUCUUUGAGGAAAACUGUUCUUGGCAAAUUCUUAGAAAGAUGAUUAGUGACGUCACGAGUCAAUGUAUAAUUGUGUAUCCUACCUUUUUAAUUACCCAGUAAAUAGAGAUGGAAAUAAAUUAGUGCCUGAAAUAUACUGUACAAUAUCAGUUUUGUUUGAAUAAGUUGAAUUUAUACCGAUGUGAAA